AUGCAUCACGUUCUGUAGACUGGCCCAUCAUAGCCGAACACCUUAAUACACCCAGUUCCCUGCCUUCUGGUUCCCGUCGAUCGAUUAUCUUGCAACUUGUCCCGUGCACUGCGAUGCUUGCAGAAGAUUACUCUCAUCAGUUUUUCGAUGACGAAAGUCAACACUCUUUGGAAUCGCACCAGUCGAAGAAGAACAUCCUCUUGAAGUCUCACGGAAGACCUCCUUGGUACGGGGAAAACGGCCUACCCAUUUCCGACGCGUUCGUGAUCGGCAUAGCUGGUGGAUCGGCAAGUGGGAAGACACAUGUUGCUCAGCAAAUCGUUCGUUCAUUGGGCUCAGUACCGACUGUCGUUAUCCUCUCCCAGGACAGCUUUUACAAGCGACAUACCGCAGAAGAGGUUGCGCUGGCGCAUGCGAAUCGAUUCGACUUUGACCACCCGGAUGCCAUUGACAUGCCUAUGUUUGCUGCUUGCCUCGCGGACUUGAAGGCGUGUCGACAGACCAAUAUUCCCGUUUACUCGUUUGCCGAACAUCAGCGGUUAGGCGAAGCGAAGUAUUUGUAUGGUGCAGCUAUCAUAAUAAGUCGGUGUCUGACUCCUUCCUUUAAUACAACGGACGUCAAGGAACGUGGAAGAAGUGUUGAUGGGGUCAUCGAGCAGUACCCCGCGUUUGAUAACUUCGUUUUGCCAACCGCUCGCCAUGCAGACAUUGUCGUUCCGGGGUCAAACAACGCUGUUGCCAUUGAUUUGAUAACGACCCACAUUCGACGUCAAAUGACAGAACGCGCGAGACACUUUCGGAAACACAUGGUUUCUCAAUCAGUUGGGUGUUGCUUGAGUACGUCAGACGGUAACCCGGUGUCCAAGAACCUUAUAGUGCUCCCGCAAACACCACAGUUAAAGGGUAUAUAUACCAUUCUUCGUGAUGAGGCAUCGAACCGCCAGGACUUUAUAUUCUUCGUAGACCGACUGGCAACAUUCUUGAUCGAGAAAGCGAUGGAACAUCUUCCUCACAGACCUAAGACGGUCACGACACCAAUAGGACUAGAUUGCACCGGCAAGGAACUUGACGUCAAGGUAGAUCAUUUCGCUGAGAAUUUGAGUGGACCUCUAACGAAGGGAUUGCAGCGCGUUCUUAGUGACGUUGCAAUUGGCUCCCUUCUGGUGCAAUCCGACGCUAAUACUGGAGAGCCACUACUUCUACAUGUAAUGCUUCCCAAAUGCCUGCGAGAACGACAUCUAGCCGUCGAUGCAUGGGUAUUUUUGCUAGAUGCUCAAAUAGGCACCGCUGCCUCAGCAUUCAUGGCGAUUCGGACACUAUUAGAUCAUGGAGUCCAGCAAGACCAUAUCAUCUUUGUAACUUUCCUCAUUGCCCGCACUGGUGGUGUCACUGUACUUCAGCGGGCCUUUCCGGAGGUCAAGAUUGUGACUGGUGCCGUCGAUGAAGGUCUCCGUGAAGCAUGGCUUGAACAUUACAAUGAAAAAGGCGAGGGCCAGAGCGAAGGGGACGGGAGGAGAGUCUGGAUCGUAGAGCCUGGCAUGGGUCAAAUCGGUAAGAAAACGCAUAUGAUCACAGCUUGCCAUGAACCCUUUUACAGGUGACAGAUACUAUCUCUGAUUUGGGAACACUUAUUCUGCUAAUUUAAUGUGUCUCCGAGAGUUGUGUUAAUCGUGAAUAAUAAUGGCUCAUCAGUGCCAUGUGGUCUAGUUGGGAUGUACAUACACCAUAAUACUACCAAUUACUAGUGCUCGAACUUUUAAA